UCCUCUCCGCAACUUUCUCCUCUUCAACUGUUCUCCAAUUUCUCUCCAUCAUAUCUUAUGAUUAUCAUAUUUCACUUCGCAUUUUCCUUCUCCAUCCAAUUUUUUUUUUAUCCCUUCUUUACCAUUUCUCACUUGUAGAUUCCCUCAUCUUCUCCCUUCUGAUCUUGAUCAUCUUGAUUACCUCGAUUUAAUUUAUUUAGACUUUCAUUCCAAGAAUGCCGCCCACUGGUUGGAAGAAUGUUUGAGAUUUCAAGAGGGCAAAGGAGGGAUUCGAUCAGAGAGGCUUUAACUUAUCCGCUCCCCUAGAUCAGAAUUUGUUUUGUCUUGAGCCCCAGUGGUUUUCUCUUGAACAAUGGAGCAAUCAAAAGGUUAUUAUCUCUCUUGAACAAUUGCUUGCGGGUCUUCCUAUUCCUCUCAUUAAUCCUGAAAUUCCACUAUUGUAUAACUUUUAUCUCAUGAGAAAUUUUCACGUGGUAUAUUCCAACUGAGCGGUGAUUCCAUUAGGAUUAUGGUGAAAUAUUCCCAUCAUGCAGCUGAGUUAGAAUCUAUUUAUUCAGAAGAAGUAAGGAAUCCGAAUUGCAUUCCAAAGGAGAUUAAUCAAAUGGAGUACACGGUAGACAAUUUCUUCAAGCACUAUAAUAUUGUUAUAAUGGAUAAUAAAUCAUUUAGGUGGGGUAUUAGCUUAUCUAGAGCAGAUGGUAUCGCCGAGGCAGAUAGGAUUAUGCGAGAAUCUGAUUGGCAUGAUCUCACCAAUAGUACCGUGCGUAAAUCGAAGGAUGAGCGUUGGGAUGAGUAUCCCCUUAUUUUGGAAGGUCCUUAUGUUUCUGGUCAAGAAACUGAAUAAGAAGGCUAACAAGGAUGCGUCCCAGGCGUCAACUUCACAUAAUAAUGAAAUAAGGGUUGGAGAUGCUGAUCGUGCCAAUGAUGAAGUCUCUCUCCCAAAAGGAGGUGUUCCCUCAAAGACUAAUGGUAAAGGUAUGAAGGAUUUAGCUAAGAAAAGUAAGUUCUCCUCUCCAACACUUCCGGACACUUGUUCUCGUGAUGAUGCACUUUUUUCUCCUGAAAUUUCCUCCCCCGUAUCUCAUAUGGAACAACUAUCAGGCAUAUUUUGUAACUCCUUAACAUCCCUUGCUGACGAAGAAUUGACUCACACAUGUGGAUCCAUCAAAAAUGUUAGGAAAUGUAGGUAGUGUGCAUUUUGAUGAUAUUCAUACUAAUUAUAUA